GGCCGCUGCGUGAGGGUCCAAGGGCCGACACAAGGCAACAUCGGCCGAUGUGAACUGCAAUGCGGCGCCAUGGUGUCAGAGGGGGCGAGGUGGAGGAGAGAGGCAGCGAGAGAAGGUCCACAGAUGCGAGAGGAUGGAUGGCAUGCGUUUCCGAUCUCAAGCUGCGGCGUCGAAUCACGUAGACCUGUGGCCAAGCCGCUUCGCGGCAGAGGCCGCUGGGGAGCAGCUUGACGUGCGCAGUAGGCGUGCAAGGCAGCAGGGAAGCACCUAAGUAUAAGGGAAACUUCAGCCCGCCAAUGUGCGGCGGCAGGACGAGAUUCAAUCCGAGAUCCGGGAAGACGAGGAAAAGAACUAUUCAGGCCGAGCUCGCAAAGUGCAAGCAAUGAGAGCUGCGCCACCAGGUGCACCAGCACCAAAGGAAGGGUCGAGCAUCGGAACGGACAAAAAGGCGAGCACAGAAAAAGAUAAGGAAGAAGAUGCCGUGCCCACCAGGAAUCCAUCAGUGCCCUGGAGAGGAGGAGUGACGCCGGGCUGCCGUCGCGACGGCGCUGCUCGACUCUGGUGCUCGCAGAAGGUGCAGUGCUGCAGCACGCCGCAGCACCUGAAAACAUGCGCUCCUACAAUAGCGUCGCGAAGGGCCCCUGGCCCUGCGCAUACAGAACAGGUGUUCCACAGGAGGCGCAACGCCUACAAUAGCGCCGCAUAUAAUACGCGUUUCCAAGGCGAGGGCGGCGAGCCCUGACAUCCGCCGGCAUCGAGCCCUGUCGCGCCGCGCGCACCCCGCCCACGGCGCCCCCGCAGGCCGGCGGCGGGAGCCCCCCCGGCCAGGGGGGCCCAGCGGUGCCGCCGCGUGGCGCGACGGGCCGCGGGCCCGCCGGCCACCAAAGCGGGAUUCCAGGCUGCUCUCCCC